AUGUUUAAAGUUAAAAAUUUGCAUAAUAAAGUGGUAAGCAGUAAGAACAGAUUAAUUUUAAAAGAUGUUUAUAAAACUAAAGAAAUUAGUUCUUUAAAUCUAAAAGAAAUAAAAAUAUUGAUAGAAACACCUUCAGGAGAGUGUUGGAUUGAUAACAUUUCAUCACCAAAUAAUUUCAAUAAUGAUUCAUUAUAUUUAAUUAAAUCUGGAAAAAUGAAAGAAUUUCUACUUCAAGACUUAGUUUAUUUAUUUAAUAAUAGAUUAUAUUUCUAUAAAAAUUAUAGAAUAUUUUAUAUUAGACAUUGUACAGAAUAUUAUAACUUUUCUACAGUCAGAAAGUUAACAAUUAAUAACCAAUUUAUUACAUCUCUAAAUCUUAAUUCUUUAGAUUUAGAUUAUUUAGAUUUAAGAUAUAAUUUCCUUACUAAAGUAAUUUACGAUAAACAUUUAUUUUUUUGUGAUUUAAGAAAUAAUAAAAUAAAAAAAAAUAGCAUAAAAGCAGAUAUUCUUUUUUUAGAUAAAAAAGGAGGAAUUGAAAAACAUGUUAGUCUUAGAAAAAAAGAUAUUUUAAAUAACUUUAAAAGUGAAUAUAAAAAAUAUAAAAUAUAUAAUAUAGCAUAUAGAUUUUAUAUCGUACAGAGAAAUAUUCAUGAUUUUGAAUUUAUUUUAACUUGCAUAAUCAGAGAUAUUAUAUCAGAUAAUUUAAUUGAAAAAAUUUCUGAAAUUUACAAUAAACUUAAAAAGGUGUGUUUAACAAAAGAAUCUUUUUAUAUUGUGUGUGUUACAGAAGAGAAUAUUAUUAUUAAGACUUAUAAUGUUAGAGUUAUAAUGGAUUAUUUUUUACAAAGAGAGAUAAUUUAUAAAGAACAUACAUACAUUUAUGAUAAUAUAGGAAAAUGGUAUAUUGUACCAAUAUAUGAAAAUAAUAAUAAAGAAUAUUAUAUGGAUAGUAUAAAAAUAUAUGAAAAUAAUAUGGAUAGUAUAAAAAUAUAUGAAAAUAAUAUGGAUAGUAUAAAAAUAUAUGAAAAUAAUAAAAAUAAUAAUAAUUUACAAAAGACAAUGGAUAAAAAUAAUAAUAAUUUACAUAAAACAUUGAAUAAAGAUAAUAAUAAUUUACAAAAGACAAUGAAUAAAGAUAACAAUAAUUUACACAAAUUAAUUAAUAAAGAUAAUAUAGAAUAUAAAAAAUCAUAUAAUAACAGUGUAGAUUGUAUAGACUACACAGUUAUUAUUAUAAAUCAGCACAAUUCGCAUGUUUCUGAUACGGUUUUAUUUAGGAAAUGUAAAAUUACACCACCAAAAAUGAUUAUAAAAAAAUAUUUAAGAAAUAAUACUAGUACACCAAAAAAGAUAGAUGUAUCAUUUCUUUUUAUACAAUUUUUUAUUCCUAAAACAAAUGAAAUAAAAUAUAAAAAAAAACUAAAGUUCUUACUAAAGAGAUUACAAACACUUGAUAUUUGUGUUAUUUUAGAAAAUAAUGGAUUAGAUUGUCUAGUUUAUGUGGGCCAAGAUAUUAAUAGAGUAUUAAAAUUCGGGUUAUACAUUUUUAAAUUAUUUACAAUGUAUAAUAUAAGCUUAAGUAUAGGAGUGGCAUGUGGAUAUUAUUGGUUUAAAUCAGCAAAUUUAAAUAGUAAAUUUAUGGGGAAUGCACUAAAUAAAGCUUCUAGAUUAUCAUAUUUAGGAAAUGGUGUAUUUUGCUGUCACUGUGCAGUAUUUGAUGAUGAUAAUAUUAAUUUUCAGUAUAUUGGUGAGAAAGAGAUGAAAGGAUAUACAAAAUGUGUUAAGAGUUAUUUUGUAUAUGAAAAAUGA